ACUGCAUCAAACCGGCCAUGAGCGAGAGGAUUCAACGAGAGGGAAAACAUGUCUUUAAACUACAUCAGAAACUUCUAUGAAGGAUGCCUCCGGCCUCCCACUGUGAUUGGCCAGUUCCACACCUUGUUCUUCGGCUCGGUGCGGAUGUUCUUCCUGGGCGUCCUUGGCUUCGCGGUGUAUGGAAACGAGGCGCUGCACUUCAGCUGCGACCCGGACCGCCGAGAGCUCAACCUGUUCUGCUACAACCAGUUCAGACCCAUCACGCCCCAGGUCUUUUGGGCAUUACAGCUGGUGACAGUGCUGGUUCCUGGGGCGGUGUUUCACCUCUACGCCGCCUGUAAGAACAUCGUCCAGGAAGAGAUCCUCGAACGCCCCGUCUACACCGUCUUCUACAUCAUCUCCGUUCUCCUACGCAUCAUUCUGGAAGUCAUCGCCUUCUGGCUUCAGAGCCACCUCUUCGGCUUCGAGGUGCACCCGCUGUUCAUGUGUGAUGCCGCUCCCCUGGAAAGGACCUUUAAUGUGACUAAGUGCAUGGUGCCCGAACACUUUGAGAAGACCAUCUUCCUCAGUGCCAUGUACACCUUCACCGUGAUCACCAUCCUUCUCUGUGUCGCCGAGAUAUUCGAGAUACUCUGCCGACGGCUUGGUUAUCUCAACAACCAAUGUUGACAACCAACUCACCGUUAAAAUGACAAAGGUUGAACAUACACCACACUCAUUCUGCCAGUUUGUAAUCGCGCUCUUGGUUAGCUACUGGCGGACCUUUUGUCAAACAGGAAACUGACGUAAGAGCAAAACCUCAUCUGUGGUCCAUCGUCAGUGAGUUGCAACCAAGAAAUCUGAGAAUGUGCAACAGCGUCGUAGAUGGCAAGUCUGAAAUAUGUCAUGCUUUAGGUGUCAGUGGGUCUGGCUGUGUCCGAGGGGAGGUUUGGACGAGAUACUCUGGGAAUCCUUGGGGGAUGGGAUAGAAAGACUUCUGGUUUACCUUUCACUACCAAACCCUGGGACUAUCGUCGGACAAUAGCCCAAGGAACGCCUAGUUUGUCACAGACCUGUUGGCCCUUUACAGAUUCAGGGUGGCUAAAACCUUUUUCUUGGAGUUGUACCUUAGAUCAGACACUUUUACACUCCUAGGAAGCAUUCUCUGCCACAUGUUUGACAUAUACUUUAGGGACUGGGAUGUACUGAAUGCAUCAAGAUUCAUUAGACUUCUCUAGCCAACAAUGGACCUUUUCAGCUGCAUUUCAGAAAGCUUUAACUGAAAAGCACAACCUCUACAUGUAUCAUAAACACAGCCAACAGUGCUAAUGGUUUAGCUAGUGACAGACUUCUGUAUAAAGUUGCAGAUUAACACUACAGCCUAGCUUGUCUUCCAGGUGCUGAUCGAAUAUGACAGGCAGACUAUUGAGAUGGUAAUGGAUUAUUACAAAUGUCAUUCUUAAGUAAUGGUGAUCCACGGUCGGUGGGAAUGCACCUUGCUGUGUUACAUUUCCAAUAUGUAUCAUGUUAUUGCCUCCAGCCUGUUCUGACCUUUACCUCCUUCAACGUGAACACCACGACUGUGUGCUGGACUUUUGAUGCCUUUCCAAAAACAUGUCUAAACAACCUUUAUCCUGAGAAAUGCCGUCUAAAAGAAGCCCACCAAUCUAACGUUCCAGAAAGGUUCAAACUAAGUAAAUGUAAAAAGCAUCUGCGAACAAUGAUGCCAUCACUCCAGGUGAUUUAGGCAAAAGAAAGAUAUAAAAAAGUGAGAAUGAAA